CACAAAAAAAAAAACCUCAAUAAUUCCUUCUUCUUCCUCAUUUAUUAUUUUCUUUCCCGUAAAGCUAUUUUAUUUAUUUUACUUAUUAUCAUUUCGGACGAUCUGACGAAAGGUUAGGAAGAAAUUUGCAGGAGAGAAGAAAAAAUAAAGACAGCUUUCUAACAAUGGAGGGAAGAGAAGGUGCUGUGAGUAGCAGCGGCGGUGUCACGGUGGUGGGAUCGGAUGCUCCGUCGGACUACCACGUCGCCCCUCGACCCGAAAACCCGACCCAGGCACCUGGAUCCACGGCUGGGCCCCCUCCGUCGUCCCUGGACUCGUCGGUGAAGAAGAAGAGGGGCCGGCCAAGAAAGUACGCCCCGGAUGGCUCAGUGGCGACCCCACUCUCUCCGAAGCCGAUAUCUACGGCAGCGCCUCCGGUGAUCGACUUCUCGGCCCCAAAGCGCGGGAAGGUGAAGCCAAGUGGGUCUCUGACCAAACCCAGCUUUGAAGUGGACAAUUUAGGUGAUUGGGUAGCGUGCUCCGUUGGCACCAAUUUUACGCCCCACAUCAUCACUGUUAAUGCUGGCGAGGAUGUUACGAUGAAAGUUAUAUCAUUUUCCCAACAAGGGCCUCGAGCUAUAUGCAUUCUCUCAGCCAAUGGCGUGAUCUCAAGUGUAACACUGCGACAGGCCGAUUCUUCAGGGGGAACAUUAACCUAUGAGGGUCGUUUUGAGAUACUCUCCCUAUCAGGUUCAUUCAUGCCCAACGAGAUCGGAGGAACAAGAAGCAGAUCAGGUGGGAUGAGCGUUUCGUUAGCAAGCCCUGAUGGGCGGGUUGUUGGAGGUGGGGUCGCUGGGCUUCUCGUAGCUGCAAGUCCUGUUCAGGUCGUGGUGGGCAGUUUUCUCACUGGGAACCAACACGAGCAGAAGCCAAAGAAACAGAAGCACGAUCUCUCCCCAACAAGCGCUGUUCCCAUCUCUACGGCUGAACCGAAGCAGAACAUCUCAUCAACUCCUCCAACCUACCGAGCAGAAAACUGGUCCUCAUUGACUACAGAUAUGAGGAACAAGCCCACUGACAUAAACGUAUCUUUGCCUUGAAGAGUGGUAUUAGAAGACUUUGUCUGAUAAUUAUGGAACGAUGAUCAUUGUCGUCGACUGACCACUUGUUGAUCUUGUGAUCGUAUCUUAUUGUCUGGGUUUCAUCAGUCUUCUUGUUGUCUGUAAACUCAUCGAGAUUAUAAUGUAAUGUGAGCUUAGGUCUGCCUCUUUCUCUACCUCGGCAUGACAACCGAGGGAAGACUACUGCUGGCUUAUGCUGUAGAAUUAGUUAGAUUAUUCGGAGUAGAAAUAGAAUUAAGACUGGUGGAUCGCUGUUAA